AUGUGGUGGCCGGAAGGGACCAAUGGUAGUGACAUGAGUGGACUGAUGGUGGUUAUCGGAGAUGAUAGUGAUGAGCGAGUUGCUUGGUAUAUGAGCCUUUUCUCUCCUACUCCUCCUCAAUCGAGUUCUCGUCUUCUCGACCUAAUUUGUAAUCGACUAAUCAACAUCGAUUUUCUGAGCUCUCAACCUACCGAUAUCAUCAUCUUUUCCACAUUUGUGAUUCAGAAAAUGCCCAAAAAGAGCUCAUCUAAGACGCAAAAAACAGGGCUACAAAACCCUGUUGUAGCCACAUGGGAAAAGCCAAAAAAGACUUCAUCUAAGCCUCCCAAAAAAUCGCCUCUACCAAAGGAGAAACCAUGCUCUAGCUCUACACCAAAAUCAUUUGGGCAAGAAAUCGAGGAUAUUUUCUCUAAAAAAAGAAAGAAACCCGAGGAGCAACAAAAGAGCAAAAAAAGGGUUAAAGAUGGAAAAAAUGAUGAAUCUUUGGACAGAAAGAAGCUAAGGAAUAAAUCUGGAGGGUCUAAUGUGAAAAUAUUUGAAAAUGAACAAACUGUUACACCAAAGAGGAAAACAGGAGAUGGUCUAGUGAUUUACUCGGAAGAGGAGUUGGGAAUUGGUAAGGCGGACGCUGGGGGAACUCGACUUUGUCCUUUUGAUUGUGAUUGUUGUUUUUGAUCUUUUAAAGAAUGUGAAAAUCUAUAAUGGAGGUUUUUUCUGUAUUAUCUUUUUUUAGUUUUAAGACAUUAUACAUUUUUGAAUCUCAUAUAUUCAUUUUGCUUCUUUCUAGAGA